AAUACACAGAAACGUCAAAGUGAAAGAAAAAGUGAAACAAAAAUAUACAACGAGAGGCAUUUGAUGAUCCGAGCAGAAAAACUGACUGACUCCAGUAUGAGUGGAAUCCAGUUUCAGUGGAUUGAAAGCAGCGUUCCGCUCCCAGGGUUGUUUCACCUCGACACCCCUCAGCCUAAUGAUGGUCGUACUUACAUCAUGUACCAUGGCACCACCCGGGCGAAUGCUGAGAAGAUCAAGGCCAACGGUUUUCUGCGGUCCACAUGUGGGAUGCUGGGUGCGGGGGUCUACCUCAGCAGGGACCUGGAAAAAGCCAGACGAUAUCCCAUCAACCAUCCUGAAAAGGACAAAGUCAUCAUCAAAGUGAAGGUCAACGUGGGACGCGUCAUCGUAAUCAGACACCAGAACCACCGCCUGCAGAAGACCUGGAGCUCCCAUGGGUACGACAGCGCCUGGGUGCCGCCCAACUGUGGGAUGGUGAACAGCGGCCUGGAGGAGAACUGCAUCUGGGAUCCCAGUCGAAUUGAAGUCCUUGAACUAAUCAAACCACAGCUGCUGCAAGCAUCUUCUUCUUUCACCUCUUCUCAAGCCUCUUCUUUAGCCUCUUCUCUAAUCCUUUCUCAGACCUCUUCUCUAGCCUCUUCUCUAAUCCUUUCCCAAACCUCUUUUCAAGUCCCCUCUCUAGCCUCUUCUCUAGCUUCACCUUUAGCCUUUUCUCUAGCCCUUUCUCAAGCCCCUUCUCGAGCCUCUUCUCGAGCCUCUUCUCAAGCCUCUUCUUUAGCCUCUUCUCUAAUCCUUUCUCAGACCUCUUCUCUAGCCUCUUCUCUAAUCCUUUCCCAAACCUCUUCUCAAGUCCCCUCUCUAGCCUCUUCUCUAACUUCACCUUUAGCCUUUUCUCUAGCCCUUUCUCAAGCCCCUUCUCGAGCCUCUUCUCGAGCCUCUUCUCGAGCCUCUUCUUUAGCCUCUUUUCUAAUCCUUUCUCAAACUUCUUCUCAAACCUCUUCUCAGAUCCCUUCUCGAGCCUCUUCUCGAGCCCUUACUCGAGCCUUGUCCCGAGCUUCUUCCCGACCUUCUUCUCGAGCCCCAUCUCGAGUCUCACCUCGAGCCCCUUUCUGAGCUUCUUCUCCAGCUCCGUCUUGAGCCCCUUCCCGAGCCUCAUCUCUUGCCCAGCCUCAAGCCUCUUCCGAGUUCCGUCUUGAGCCCUGUUUCUGUAGGUUCCUCACAGACUUUGGUUUACAGCAGCUCUUCGAGGUUGCAGGUGACUGUUCAAUCUCCACAACAGGAUAAGAACAGGCUGGAAGCUCUGAACGUCAUUCAGUCCAAUAGCAGCAGAGGAGCAAGAACUGUGACCAAAGUAGAAUGGUAAAAGAGUCCCCUCACAUUAUGUUUUUGGUCAGAUUUAUAUGAAGUGGUUUGAGGUUUUCCUGUCUGCAGGGGGUGUUGUAUUUUUGUUUUGGUUUAAAUCCCGGCUUGGCCCUUUCUGUGUGGCGUUUGCAUGUUCUCCUCAUGCAUGUGUGGGUUUUCUGCAGGCACUUCCAACAGUCCAACAACAUGCUCCAUCGGUUGGUUGAUGACUCUAAACUGCCCCUAGACGUGAAUGUGAGUGUGUGACUGUCCAGGGUGUUCCCCGCCUUUGCUCAACAAUACUUGGGAUAGGCUCCAGCAAAAGGAAGAACUUCCCUUUGGCUGCUACCAGGAGACCCUUCUACGGACUGAGUCUGGUAACUGUAGCAACGAGUGUGACGUCAUCCACAGAAAACGGUUUACCUCUAACUCCAACCAAAUCAAGUCUGUUCUGUCGUCGCUAUUUUGAAAUGCGUUAGUCGCCAUGUUGGAGCCAUAUGUCAUCAGUGAGCAGUGAUUGGUCCGAGUCGGUCUGAGUCAUUGUGUCUAUGGCAACCUCUAUUACCAAUCAGGAGUGAGCCUACUACUUGAAAGCUGACUAAAAAAACACAGUAUCUGUCAAUCAAACGUUUGGAACAUGAGCCAGCAGGCUCCACCUACUUUAAUUGAGGCAUCUGAUUGGUCAGUUUAUGACUUGAGCUACAGAAAAGAGAAAAAAAUGAGGAUUAUAAAGAACAUGCUCAAAAAAAGAUAUCUGAGCAAAAAUGACUAUUUUGACCAAUAGAAUGACUGACUCACAGCUGUUUCUUUCUCUAUUGAAGUCUUUAGGAUUGUGGCUCUUUUGGAUCCAGUGAGUACUUCCUGUUUGGAACGCCAUGGGGGAGGAGUCACUCAUUCCUGUUCUCAUAUACAUAGAAUCCCUCCUCCCAGAUCUAAAUGUCAUUUGGCCCUCAGUUUUACCGCGGAGGCCUCCGUCUGAUUCAGCCCUCUGCUUUAAACCAGACUUGGGACAGGCAAAUGGAAAUCCUGAUCCUCGCCUUCAGGCAGCAGUUGAUUCUGUCGCUCGGUUCAACGCUGACUGAGGGACUGAUCCGCUUCUCCAGCAGCCUUAGCUGAACCCAGCGCUGAUGGUUCUUCUUCUGAUUGUUGACACAGAUUAAAGUGAUUCGUCUUGUUUUCUUCAACUAUCAGUAUUUUUGCUUCUUUUUAGGUUCUGCAGAAAAAUGAUUAUUAUAGAACUAAAUAUCAUGGUGUUUGUGUCAUGUGACGGUAAUUAUUGGUCAGACAAUUAUAAACAUGAAGUUUUUCAUUUCUGAGAGAAACUUAUAUCACAUAACUGUUAAAGGGGGUCAAUUGUGAUAUCAAAUAAAACAAAGCAUCUGUUCA